UGGCGCCCCGCUAUCUGGCCUCCUCCCACCUCUCAUUUUCUUCCGGGAGUUAAGUUGUUAUCGCGAGACCUCGGCCCCACUAUUAGCCGAGUCGCGUGGACUGCCUAUUCUUUUGUUCCGCGCGGCUGUAGAGCAAAGAACCAGUGACGAAUAAAACAGUUUUCAGAAGGACUUGGAGAUAUACGUAUCUGGAAUGGAUUCUCUUGACUAUGCAACAGCAUCUGAUUCAGCUGUGCAGAUUGAAAAUCAAAGUGAUAACUCUUCCUCGGGUAGCAGCUUAUUUAAAACUCAGUGUGUUCCUUACUCACCUAAACGGAGGCAAAGAAACUCUAUUAGAAAAUUUGUUCAUUCGCCUGAAAGUGUUCAAGAAAGAGAUUCAUCUAGUGACUCAUCUUUUGAACCAAGGCCACUGACUUUAAAAGCUAUUUUUGAAAGAUUCAAAAAAAAGAAACGUAAGAAGAGGAAAUAUAAGCCAACAGGAAGACCAAGGGGAAGACCAAAAGGAAGGAGAAGCACAAGAUGCUCGCGAAUAACUAAGAAACAUAUUAGAGACAGAGGACCUGGGUUCCCAGUUUUAGAAUCAAAGAAUGGAAGAAGACCAUUACCUUGGAGAAAAAUUUUAACCUUUGAACAAGCAGUCGCAAGAGGAUUUUUCAACUACCUUGAAAAACUGAAGUAUGAGUACCACCUCAAGGAAUCCUUGAAACAAAUGAAUGUUGGUGAAGAUUUAGAAAAAGAUGACCUUGAUAGUCGUAGAUAUAAAUACUUGGAUGACGAUGGAUCUCUCUCUCCUAUUGAAGAGUUGGCAGCAGAGGAUGAGGUUGCAACAAAUCUUGAACAUGAUGAUGAGUGUGAUAUCAAAUUGGUGGAGGACAAUUGUUUCAUAAUAAGUUCUGAAUUACCAAAGAAGAUGAGUGUAUAUUUAGAACAAGAGGAAUAUACUGGAGAAGAUGCUUUGUCUAAAAAGAGGGCAUCAAAGUGCAAAAACAUUGGACAGAAUGGCCUGAAAAGAAAAUAGGUAUAUAAAUGUCAUGGCUUUUAUUUUGAGAACGCAAUGUCUGGACUUAAGGUAUGUCUUAUGCUUUAGGUGAGUUUUUGUAUCUGAUUUGUUUAAGUGUAGUACGUUGUCAGGUAAUUUAAAUGUCCACAGGUCUCAUUAUUGAAAGACAUUUUUGCCAACUUUUAAUUUGUUUAUGAUGUCAUUUCAGAAAAUGAAUCUUAGGAUUCACACAUUUUAUAGUGAUACUGUGCCAUCUUCCCUUUUGGAGUAAAGGGUCCCCAAACAAUCUUAGGCUACAGCAAUAAUCAGAAUCUUGGAUAUUGCUGCCACUUGAAGCAUAUACAACAUUAUUUUUAAUUAAUGCAUAAUCUAACAUGAGGUAGAAGAUACAAUAGUGUAAUGCUAGGAUACAAGAUUUCAUAAACCUCAAUGAUGAUAAGUUUCAUUAAAAAGCACCCAAUAUGUUUGUCUUCUACUUAUUUCCAAAUAUAGCCACAUUAAUAUUUUUCUUGGUUUUUAUAACUGAUACCAAAUGAGAAAAUAUUUUAUAUAGUUAUUAAAUUGAGGCAAAAGUUCAGCUGAAGUAAAAAUUUCACUGUAAUCUGGGAAUUUCAAAGGUAAAACAUUGCAGUGUUGAAGUUCAUAAAAAUCGAGACUUCAAUUUAUACAUGUACAUUUUUUCCUUUGGAUCAUCUGUAGUAGGUAGUUGGCAUACUUUCAUCAGUAUAUACUCAGCUGUUCCUAUGCAGCAUUGUUACAGUCAUUACCAAGUGAUUAAUUUAUGGGAUGAUUUCUUUAAAUCUCUUUUAAAUGGAUGUUUGUUUUUAUGCAAUUUUGAAUUCAUCCAAAAGGCUAGAGCAAAUCCCAGUUCUGGUAAUAAUUGAAAAUUUAGACUUUUGUUUAUAUUUUUUAAAUGGUGUAAAUAGUGGUUGAGGUCUAUCCCGAUGGGGCUUUUUCUGUAGACCCACAUCGUUGGAAACGCCUCAUAGAGUAAUCAUGUGGUUUCCUUUACUCACAGAACUAUGUGUUAGAUCUGUGGGAAAGAACUACAAGACAGCUGCUAAAAGUAUGAAAGACGUAAUAGUCAAUUUUUUUUAUCGUAGGUAUUGGCAUAUCACAAGGUCUAUACUGUUCUAGGGUGAGACAGCUUAGGAGUGAAUAUGAUUUGAACUUACUCAUGUUUAGAGGGUGUGUGACAUGGAGAACCAGUCAUCCAUGGACUCUGAUCCUAAACAUGGCCCUAAAGUAAAUUGGUUGAAGAAAUUGGAUCCUAAAGAUUAGAGGUGGAGAAUUUUUAAAGUAUGUCCAUAUUCAAGUGGAGAUCAAAGAAUCCCAACUGAAAGAAUUGUGGCAAGUUAGUUUUUUAUCUUCACAGCAUGUUAUUUGUCAGGGAUAAUGGUCAUUACCAAGGCUUUUAGAAUGCAGUUUCUCAUUUGCUGUGGACAUGACCAGAAAAAAAAUUUCCCACUGGGCUUUUUCUCCUGCUACCUUGCUAGCAUUGCAGCCUAUUGGGAACAUUUUGUUAACCUUGUUUUAUUUCCAUUGCUUAGAUCAGCACUGUCCAAUAUAAAUACAACACCAUCUAAUAGCCAAAGGUAAUGAAUGAGAUUGGAUGACAAUCAUUUUUCAAAUUCUCACUCACCAUUCAUGCCUAGUGGCGGUUGUACAGUGCAUGCCUGGAUCUCUCGAGUGUUGGCAACUAUCUUUUGCCUGGUUAAUCUUUCUGAGUUGCUAGAAACCAGGCAGCUUCUAAUGUAAUAGAACUAACAGGGAGGGCUGGCUUCAGAAUUUACUUGAGUAUCUCUGGAAAUGGAACCUUACUGUUUAUAUUCUUUUAUAGAAUUGACUGACAUGACAACCAUGGAUUGAGCAAAAUUUUUUAAAAGGCUUAAAUUUGCAAAAUCCAUUUCAGCAAUACUGAUAUCACUGGUGCUUACUAAUUCUGUUCCGAAGAGCAGUUCUGAUUUUCCAUGCCUUGGGAAGAAUCUCUUGCUUCAAUGCUAAAAAUACUUGGUAGAUCAGCAUGCUGGCUCCCCUCCUGUGAAGAAAAUUCUGGCAGAAGCUGUUGAAA